AUGAUGGAUUGCGAUAUACCCAGCAAUGAAAUCUGGAAAACUGGAAACCUUUAUCAGAAGACCACUGAAGAUAUGCCUAAGUGCUUUCGACGAAGCGUAUUCACGAUUUUCUUAAAAUCGAAACAUUCUUGGGAUAUUCCUCAGCCACAGAAGAAUAUUCAGGAAGCGGAAUCCGAACGCUACUGGACCAUGUUGUUACUAACUCCUUCUGAUUUCUUUCAAUCUUUUGAUGAACUCGACCAUCGUCACACGAUCCGACCCAUCCAAGACUGGAGAAAUAUUGGAAUCCAAAGGUGUAUACUGGCCGCAGAACUUACCAGCAUCUGUUACGCUAUGGCAUUAGUUGUGAAGCGAUGGGAAGAUCUGUAUCAGCACAUAAAGGACCUACUACAUCAAGACUUCAUGGAUCCCACGACUUACAGCGAACUUUUAUUCGACGACGAGACUUUCAGCCAAUCUUGGCUAUGCUUUUGGGUGAUUGGGUAUCUCAACGAAUUUCAAAUUAGCAUAGAAGACAACAUCAAGCAAUGGAAACUCUUUCGAGAGGCACGUGUCGAGCCAUAUCUUGUAGAAAACUAG